AUGAAGUUUAUGAAAGAAAUAGAUCCCAUCGGAUGUGAGUUCAGAAGAAGACGUAGAAUUAUACGUCGAAUUUAUAAAUCUAGUGGCCCGAAUGAUACUUGGCAUAUUGACGGAUAUGACAAACUGAAGCCGUAUGGGUUGUCUAUUCAUGGUUGCAUCGAUGGAUACUCCAGAAAAAUCAUGUGGUUGCGUGUUGGGUCAUCUAACAAUGACCCUACUGUGAUAGCAAGAUACUACCUGAGGUGCGUGAUGGAAUGUGGUGGCUGUCCCUCUCUGCUUCAAUCGGAUCCUGGCACAGAAAACGUCUUGGUAGGCAGGAGUCCAAACGUAGCAGAAAAUUGA